AUGAGAUGCCUCUUCAGCAUCGUCAGCCUCUGCUCCUCCUUCUUCUUCUUCCUCGUGCUCCUCCAAAUCAUCAGAGGAAAGACUCCAACCAUCUACCAUCUCCACGUCAACAACGUCCUCAGGCCUGACCUCGAGCGCAAGCAGACUCUGCUUCCUGACGUCUUCGGGCCCCGUGCGCCGCGGCCGGAUCUGCGAAAUGUUUAUCACGUGGAGCCGCGGGUUGGCGACGAGCCGGUCCGGCUCACGACCCAACGCCCACAGCUUGUUGAAGCAUUCCUUGUUGUGGAGCGCGCUGGCGCUGUCUUGUCGCUUCUUGGCGGCAGUGAAGGUGCGGAGAACCUCGGCGGGUUUUGGGUUUUGUGGUUCUUGUUGGUGCUGCUGUUGUUGGACUUUGGGUUGGGAUCUGAGUCGUCUCAGCCGCUCCUUGAGCGCGUUGAUCUUGCUGUCGCGGAGCAGAUUUGGAAGUGAUGCCAUAUUGUGCGGAUCUUGUCUCCUUUUUGAAGCAAUCAACCCGUGGUGGUGUCUCUCAAUCAAAGAAGUGAUUUCCAGGUCUUGGUGUUGAACUGAGGCUAUGUUGAGCUUGGCGCCAAAUAGUCAACGAAGGUUCCUCCCCAGCUUCUGCUUCCCUCUCUUUCUUUUUCAACUUCUUCUCACCCUUCUAUGCAGGCACGAACUAGGAGAUGCCUUGCUAAGGAUGCUCCAGGGCGAAAUCAAUGAGUAAGCAAGGUUUUUGACGAUUCCAAAAUGGUGGAUGCUUCAGCCUAGG